AUGGAAGAGAGGCUGGAAAUUUUGAUGGCUGGUCAAAAGACGAUUAAGGAUGAUAUAAUUGAUUUGAAACGUUUAUUCACUUCCAAAUGUUCCGAACUUUUGACAGUUGUCAAUUCAUUGAAUGAUAGGCUAACUCUGAUUGGUGAUUCUAAAACGGUUGAAAGUGAGAAACAUGAUGUUUCUGAUGGCUUGCAGACAAGGGUUGACAAAGGAAAAAAGGUUGUUCUUCCUGCAGAGGACAUUUCAGUGAAACCAAGUAAAAAUGGUACUUCUAUAGUAACGGAACGAGAAGAAAGGGAUGGUAGGGAGUCUGUUAUUCCUGUUUCUGCUGAUACUAAAGCUACUUCCAGCAAAGAAAGGGAUGGUAGGGAGUCUGCUGAUGAAGAAGAAGGUGCUGAAAAAGUCGAAUUGGAAGAUUUGGUUUGCGAGAAGGCUGUACUUGAAGGCAAGGAUGACCGUGGUGAACCUUGUGUUAUUGUUUCUUCCGAACACGUUGAUGUUAUCUCUCCGAAUUUUGAGGUUUCGCGACAAAGCGAGUUGAAUUUAAAAUCUCCACCAGAUGACACCAUCAAUCAGACUAAAAAAAAUGCAAGUGAAUCGAUUGCUGAAUUCAAAUCAAAGGAGUCUGGUCCUUCUUCAAGCCGCUUCAUACCGACGCAAACUGGUUGUAAAGUCCGUAUUUGUCCAUUUGAUGCUAAUCACAUUUUAUUCAGUGAUGCUACCAAACAAAACAUCAUUCAGAAUUGGCUGGAAGAAGGACGUCCUAAAGGGGCCAAGUUCGUAUCUCGACUAACUUUUUUCAGUUCUGUUUUAAUGCUCACUUAUUUAAUUUUUUUUUCUUUGUUUGUUUAG